AUGGCGGCAGGAUGCCCACACCUUUUCGGGCUCACGCUUCUCUUGCCGCCGCCCCAGAGAGAUCUCGACGCCUCCCCCCCGUCAGUGGUCGUUGGGCUUGAUAUUGCGUCGCCCCCCGGUCCCCUCCGUAGCUGUACCCGAAGCGGCGACACCGAGCGAGACGGUGGCGUUGAUCGGUCACGGCCGGUAUCGGUUGCCCAAGCUUCCGUGGCACCAUCAGCGCAGGGCCAUCUCCCUGCACCUACGGCGCUGCUGCUGUCGAAGAGCAAGGCCCCACCGCCGUCGUCUUCUCCGUUGUCGUGUCCUUUUCCGUGGUGGCCGGGGGAGCGGCUCUCGGCGGCGGCGGCAAGGCAGAGCCGCCCCGCCGGGGGCGCGGUCGCCCCCCGAAAAAGAAGGCGGAAGGAAAGGAAGCAUCCCCGAGGGAGGCUUCUGCUGCUGCCGCUUAUCCGGCGGCCGAAGCUCCGCCGGCAGGCGGAGCCGCCCCGCCGGGGGCGCGGUCGCCCCCCGAAAAAGAAGGCGGAAGGAAAGGAAGCAUCCCCGAGGGAGGCUGCUGCUGCUGCCGCUGCUCCGCCGAAUGAAGCGGAGGCGGGCAACGAAGAGGGUCGGCGGGAGAGGAAGGCGAAGGCGGAGAAGGAAGCGCCGCAGAAUUCAGAUGAGGAGGAGGGCUGGGAUACGGAGACGGACUACUUCAGGACACGGCCGAAGCCGAAGCCGAAGCGCGGUCGCCCGACCAAGACGGUAAAGCCUCAAGUUCUAGCCGCAGCAGUGGGGCCGGGGAAAGAGGGCAAGGGGAAAGUUCCCCCGGGAGGCCGGAGGAAAGGGUCGGAGACAGACACGGCGAGCUCGAAAGGUUCGCCGAGAGCCGUCGGCAAAGGGCGGGGUAGGGGGCGUGGUGGCGGGGUUGGGGCAGGAGGCACCGGGAGUCGUCGGGGGCGUGGUAGCGGGCGCGUUUCGCGGACAGCAAAGCCGGCGGCAGACCAGAAGAAGAAGAAGAAGAAGGAGAAGGGGCGUCAGAAGCCAGAGGAGGAGGAGGAAGAGGAGGAGGAGGAGGAGGAGGAGGAGGAGGAGGAGGGCGCAAGCACAGGGGACAGCGACUACGAAGAGGAAGGGCUGACAGAAGACGACGACGACGAAAAGAAAGCGAAACCCAUCGCCAAGAAGAGGAAGAAACGCUCCUCCUCCUCCUCCCCCUCCGAGCCGGAAGACGAGAAGAAAGUCGCCAAGGACAAGAAGCAGAAGGGCCGGAAGAGCGGACCUGGGUCCGCCACCCCCAAGACCGCGAAGCGCCUGUCGACAUCCUUCAAGGGGUGGACCUGCAAGCGAUGCGGAACGCACUUGAGAGGGUUCCGGGGCGCCAUCUACCACAUCAAGCAUCAAGUGUGCAAUAAGACCUUGAAACAGAUGCGUGACAGCCAUGGCGUCUACUGGAACGGGAAGCAAAGAGUUCCUCUUCCUCCGGGGGGUGUGGAGGAGGAGGUCGGGCACUACUCGCCUCCGUUUCCGGUGCUAGAAGACUUGGGGGUGGACAUGGGCACGGCUGAGAAGGCCGCGAACAACUUGGCGCUCUUCCAGCCGGUCACGUGCGAGAGGUGCCACAAGACCUACAAGACCAAGGGGGGAUGGAAGUACCACGUCGACAACGCGGUUUGCGACCCCAACCCCCCCGAGCCGGCCUACGGCGAGUUUGACGAGGACUCGGACGCCCCCGACAGCGACGAGGACGGGACCGGCGGCGCCGGCACCGGCAAGGUCAGGAAGCGGAAGGCGGCGACAAAGGCCGCCGCCGUUCUCGCCGCCGCCGCCGCCGCUGCGGCCACCGAGGUUGACUCUGGGGAGGACGGGACCGGCGGCGGAAACGUCUCGGAAGAGUCCGGCGAUGGGAAGAGAGGCGGCAAGGGGAAAAGGGGAGCUAGAGGGAGGGCCGGCGCUAGGGCCCGGAAGCUCGGGGCGGCGGCGGCGGGGAGGCCGGGUUCGCGCGGGUCGGGGCUGACCGCCGGGGGCUACGGCAUCGCCGCCUUCACCAAUGGCAGUCUGAAAAACAUGACCAAGUCAACCGGCUCAGCGGUGAAGACGUCGGACCUGGUUAUCAGCGGGCAGGGGUGCAAGAGCGCCGCGCUGGCGCCGAGCGCAGCGGAAGGAAGCAAGGGAAAGCUGGCCUCGAGGCUCGAUCACUCCCAGGUGCGCGCGGCGACAAAGAAGGCGAGGCUUGCCAUGGACCUGGAGCCCGGGGCGUGGAGGAGGAAGGGGUCGAAAGCGUCAGCCAACGGGAAGGGCAGGGAGGGCGAGGGUGGCGGCGGCCUGGCUGGCAAAGACCGCAGCGGGGGCGCCGAUGAUGCCGACAGCAGCGACGUGGAGCCCCAAGAGGAGGGGUGGAAGCAACGGUCGUGGCGGGAAAUGGCGGGCUUUAGUUCGGUUGCCGCGUGCCCCCUGGGUGCAGGAGAGGCGAAGGCGUCGCCACCGUUGUGGAAGGUAUCGUCGUUCGCUGAUUGGGCGAAAGAAACCGGCGGAGGCGGAGGCGGCGCCCGGGGAUGCCUGCCGACCGCUCCCGUGAAGGUGGAGCUGGUUCUGCAGGGUGCCUGGGACGCCGCGGGCAUCAAGCCCCCCCCGAAGGCGGAGGAGGAGCAAGGAGGCGUUGCUGCUGCUGCCACCGCCGCGGCUACAGCAGACACAGAUACGGCUACUACGACAGCGGCGGAGGGGGGGGCGGCGGCGAAGGGGGCGGCGGCGAAGAAGAAGGACGCGGUUCCGGCUAGGCGGCGGGUACAGAUCCCGCCCCUUGAGGCGGACGUGUUUUCUUCGGGGGUGCCGUACAAUCAUGGUCAACCCUCUCCCCUCCCCCUCGUCGGCAAGCGCACUACGGGACCGGCCCUCCUCCAGAUCUGGCGUGCAAAAGACGUGUGCUCCGUGCUGACUCCAUCAAGGCCUCCCAAGCCCGGCACCGCUACAACUCCCACCCCCAAAACAGCCUCCAAAACAACCCCCAAGACAACCCCCAAAGCCAAGGCCACAACAGCAGCCAAAGACCCCCCGCCCGAGACCGACAACAUGCCUGUCAAGAAGCUCGGGCGUCCGACGAAAGCAACAGCGGCAGCUAUGGCAACAGCCAAGGCCAAGGCGGCGGCCGCGGAGAAACUAGAGGAGGAGUCCAAGGCCAAAGCCGCCGCCGCAGAAGCGAAGAGGAAGAAGGAGGAGAGGGCGGCGGCGGAAGCGGCGGCGAAGAAGGCAAGGGCGGCGGCGAGGGAGGCGAGGAGGAAGGCUGAGGAGGCUGUUGUCGGCGGCAGCAGCAUGUUCGAGCUGGCGUACGGCAUCGCCCACGACGGGGGCGGCGUGGUGAAGUGCAAGUGGGCGCCCGAUGGAAGCGCGGGGGGGGGGGGGGACGGGGGGGCGCUUGGUCUCCCCCCGGCGGGGGUUUCGGGCGGGUCUCUUCCAGUCUACGUGUGCCCGGACCCCGAUGGCGUCACGGCGGAAGCAGCCUCGUCUCUUUCCAACACCGCCCCUGGUUCUGGCGCUAGCGGCGGAACUGCCGGUGCUUUCGCGCCGCCUGGAUCUACUCCCGCGGCCGGCGGGGCCGGAGCGGGGGCGGGGCACGGGGCAGUGGUGCUCAAGACGAAGCCCAUCCUGCAAGCGCGGCUGAAGCACGCGGAGCUCAUGUGCCUGGACUGGAGCCCCCAGGAGCCCGACCUCCUGCUGGCGGGGGCUUCCGACGGAACGGUGUGCAUCUGGAAGGUUUCCGCCCUCGGAGGCGAGCAUGGGGGGGAGGGGACGACAGGAAACCAUCCCCCCUUCAGGCAGUUCUCGUGCUCCGCGAUCGGCAUGUGUGAUGUGGUGCAGGCGGUGGUGAAUGAUGUCGCCUGGUGUCCGACGUCCCCGAACCUGUUUGCCACCACCGGCGCCGGACAUAUCCUGACGGUGUGGGACACGUCAGACGUGUUUGAGCCGCUGUGCUCGAUACCGGUCAAGACUCAGCGAUGCUCGGGGACGACCGUGCGCUGGGGGCCCGGCGGUUCCGGCAUCUGGGUCUCCGCGAGCACCCGGCCUUUCAUCUUCUUCCUGGACUUCUUCGAAGGCGGCGGUGCGGGGAAUGUGCCGGCUGUCGUGCAGGAAGGCAGGGGCGUACGGGACGUUGUCCCGCUGGAAGAUGCCACGUACGGCCUCGAUGUCAUGAGGAAACCCGGCCAGCCAGACCAUGGACAGAGCAUUCACCUGGCCGCUUGGACGGCGCCCAGCGGACAGGUCCGCGUGUCGGCUGCCCGCUGCCGGGAAGUUGCGCCCUUGCAGCACCACCACCUCGCCGCAGCGUUCCUGGAGCAGUGCAGGAAGUCCAAGAAAUCGCAGCGCCUGCAGCUGCUGGAGCAUCGGGUCAUGCACCGUCUCGAGUACGUUCGGCCGGGUGACCGUCUGGUAGACCAGGGGGACCCGUGGUGUACGGCGGAGGGGGAUAGGGUCAACGAUGCGGCGGCAGCAGCAAGAACAACGUGGAUGCUGGGCGCCGUGGGUGCGGGAGCGCGGGCGGGGCCGCCGUCGAUGGGCGGGGGCACGGCUGCCGAUCCGUACCUUCGUGUGUUCACCGGGGCGGAGUCGGAGGGCCUCCUGGCGAUCAAGUGGCACGAGGCCAUGCCGCCGCUCUCCGGUCUUCUGGAGAAAGCCCCCUCCUCCAAGGCCGUUUCCAGCCCCGGAGCCUGCGUCCUCGUUUCCGGGGGGCACGGCGGACUGGUGCGGGUCUCGGUGGUACCCCCUCACUUGACCGUGCAUGCCAGCAGGGGCAGGAGGGCCCCGAAGAGGAAGAAGGCAGUGAGCGGCAAGGGCAAGAAGAAGAAGAUCAACACGCCAAGCCUCGACGUCACGGCUGUGAAAGUCGAUCCCAAGUCGGGGAAGAUAGUGCCGGUUCCGAGCGCUGGGGGAGCAGCGGCGGAAGAGAAAGGGGGCGGCAGUAGCGCAGCGGCGGGGGGGGGGGUGGAGGUGUCGGGAAACGGUGGUGGUAGCGGUACGAAGGCGGCAACGGCCCCUGUCGGUGACGGUGGCCCACCGCCCAACAUCGACGAUGUUGCCUCGAGGUUCGGCCCCGCUGCCGCUGCUGCCCUCGCCUCGGUGGGAGGCCCUAAAUAG